UGUGGCAGUGCCAUGAAGAACCUCUUGUUGAUACCCGUGCUUGUGGCACUUGUAACAUCAUGUGUGGGAGGUGCAGUGAGAGAUGGUAACUGUCCUAAGGUAUGCACCUGUGAAACUACAGUUUUCUCCAGUCUACCUAUAAACUCAGUGCUUGUCAAGGCACAGCAUAAAGAUAUCUCACACGAACACAUACCAAGUCAACAGAGCAAAAAUGAGGUAUUGGAUGAAACUAAUGAGCAAGAGGCUGAACACAGUUUCGGAGAUGAACAGCUGAGAGCAGUAACAUGUGUUCUACAGUCAUCGGACAAUCUGAAUCUACUUCUGUCCCUACCAUCUCAAACUCAGGUGCUAACAUUACUUCAUGGACUCAGUAUUGAAAACAUUACUUUGGACGAGUCAUACUUUGAAAACCUGCACAGUCUGGUGGUUCUUGAAAUACACGGAUCUCCACACACACUUGGUCAUGUGAAACUACGAAACAAAGCACUCAAGAAAUUAAGUCUCCUGCAGUACCUCAAUCUGCAACACGUACAUCUUCUGGGAGAUAGAAGUUAUGGGAACAGACCUGCGCCAGUAUCUCGGACACAAUACCUAGAGACCUACGGACUAACGUCACAAGGGGAGGACAACAACAUAGUGCCUGAAGCCAUCCAGCUGGUCCCACAAGAGAGGGAUUCGGAUAUUGUUCCCUACCGUGUUUACCGAGAGCAACAAGAACGAGCGGGGCUGUCUUCGUUCGCAAACCUCAACGGCUUGGUGUUCCUCAGGGCCUUCCACUGUGGCAUCAAAGAGGUCAACUGGGAAAUGUUUGAAGGUCUGCAGAAACUACAAUACUUAUCAUUGGAAGGGAACAAGAUUCCGUUUAUAGAUGAGUUUGCAUUUUAUGGAACCCCAAACCUGAAACAUCUAGUGAUAUCUCACAACAAGUUGUUGGAUCUCCAAAGCUUGAGUCUCGCUGGUCUUCUCAACCUGGAAACACUGGACCUCUCAUACAACAACAUUUCCCACCUAACAGAGUUCUCUAUUCCUCCUCUACCAGCACUUGUUACGGCUGACUUUCAUCACAACCCUCUAGAAACCAUACUUCCUUACACAUUCCAAGUGAUGAACAACACACAACAACUAUACCUUGGAGGCAAAAAGGCUAAACUGGAAAUCAGGCCAAACUCAUUUAUAGGUUUCAAUAAAUUACAAAAAAUGAGUAUAAAUGGAAUACAACUGGGAGUUCUUGAAAGGGAAUACUUGAAAGGAAUGCCUCACUUGAAAGAGAUUAGGUUGGAGGGAACGAUUCAUGAGUUAUCUUUUGAUGCCUUUGCAGAGGUUCCCAAACUUCAAGAGCUCAUCAUCAAAAACUGUUCAAUUCGCAAAAUAUCAAUGGAUGCUUUUUACGGUCUUUACGAGCUAAUAUUUUUGGACCUAUCCCACAACGAGCUGCAAACCUUGCCGCCCUCGUUAUUCGACCAUCAACGUUCUCUGAAAGAAAUCAACUUGCACAAUAACAAGUUGACAACUCUACCAGCAGGAAUAUUCAUUUAUACAAAGGCAAAACUGAUUCGAUUAGAUAAAAACCCGUGGCACUGCACCUGCUUGAUGAAUGAAUGGGAACCGUCCCAAAUCAACAAAAUGAAGGUGAAGAUCACUGAUAAUUCGCUAUGUCAGUCCCGGUAUGACAAGGGAAGCAUGUGUAGUAUUCAUCACAUGUAUCAAUAUGUUUAUGAACAAAGCGUGACCCCAAGAUGUGCUACCCCUACAAGAUAUAACAACUGGAGUGUGUUUCACCUGCUGCGUAAACAUCUAAGAUGUGACAAGUUGAUAUACAAACAGAAAGCUCUCAAGAGCAAACCAGUAAAAGUCAACAGAAUAAAUCAUAAAAUUAGCCACAACCAUACAUCAGAACACCCUAAAAUAGAAAGUGAAGUUACUGUAAAUGAACACCCUACAACGCUCCCUAGUGUAAGUGAUUCAAACAAAACGAAUGGCACAGGAACAAAAUCAAACACUGAACAACCAUCAGUAUCUACUUUAAGAUAUGUGAUUGAGGGUCAAGACACCAAUAUUGGUCUCAAUAAAACGAAAGACAUCAACAUUGGUAAAAAGAAAACAGGAUUAAUAAUAGAUACACCAGACAACCAGCAUAUGUGGACAGAUAGGAACAGGGAAAAAUACAAACUACUCCUAAAAAAGGAGAAAAUGUUGGAAAGCAAAUUCAAAUUUGUUACAGCAACAAAGAAGACAGACACUCAAGACAAUGUUAAAAUUCACAUUGAUCCAUUAUCCAAAACAAAGAAAAGGUCUGACAUACGGAAAAAGUGGGAACAGAAGAUGAGAAAUACAAUGGAAAACUUAAAUGAAGUUCCCAAAAGUGAAACUGACUUGCCUUAAUUGAUGAAGAAAAUAUUUUAAUGUUUUAGAACAAACUUUUAUUAUAAUGUUCAGAGCAUUUACAGAAAACAAAAGAAUCUUUUGCUUAGAGUGUUGUUUAAUGGAUGAAUGAAAUAGAUUAGUUAAAUAAAUUUAACAUGAGUGAUAUGAAUAAAUUUAUCCCAAAAAAUCACAGCAAUAAAUUAAUUCUAUAUUUUAUAAGGUCCUUCAAUGUUUAAAUGUCUAGAUAAAAAAAUUUCAGUGAAACAAGUGAUUGACCUCGGCAAUUCAGGGAUGAAACUCAAAAUAAAUCAGUGUAACUAUUAAGGGCUUAGCAAUAGAUAAUGUUACUCACUUAGUAUAAUCAAGCCCGAGUCAAUCAUAUUAUCUUGAAUGACUCAUGAAUUCUCUUGCCAUAUCAUGACUAGACAGUUAUCAUUGUUAAUGAUGUGAUGUCUAUAAAACAAAAUAAUAAUAGUAUCUUAAUUUUAAAUUUCAAAUAUACAUGGAAGGAUUGUUCAUUAUUUAUGGAGCUACCUCAAACUUUUACAAGGUGUAUUUUACACAAAAAAAUCUUAAACAUUUAUGUAAAUUAAUUUUCCAUGUUUGACCUUCACAUUGGGUAUCAUAGUAAUUGUGUGAGUUUGAUUUUUCUGAUAUGAGAAAACAUUAAAUCUUCCUACUGUCCUGUAUUAGUAAAUUGUAUUUACUCAAAUCCUAAGUACUUACCAAUGAAAUGUAUUCUUGAAAUUAUUUAUAUCAAACUCACAACUCAUUUUCUAGGUAUGUCUUGUAUUUAGGUGAGGAUGUUUUAAAUUGGUGCCUGUUUGUAAAUAAUAAUAACAAUAGGACUAGGAGGAGUAGAAAUAAAGACUGUAAAAAAUAAGGCUACAACUAUGGACUAGGAGUAAGAUUUUUAAUUUAUGCGAUUCAAGUGUACCAUGUAUUUUUGGGGAAAAAACAAUGUGCCACAUUUUGAAGAUUAUUUAAGUAAAUAUUUUUUUUUUUGUGUCAGAGAUUGUUUUGUAACCACGAUUUAUAAUCAUCAAUGACUGGAUGAAAAAUCUUAUCCGUUAGGAGUAUAUAAAAACACAUUUUAAGUAUCUAAAUUGAAAACAGAAUCCAAACAGAAAUUGAAUUAUUGUUAGAAGUUGUACCUACUACAGCAGUUUCCACACAGUGAAGCAUUAUAUUUUUAUUAUUAUAUAUGAGAGUAUCAUAAGUAUAAGGUUAUUGAAACUUAUCAAUUUAGGCUACUUGUAUUUUGUACACACCUCAAGGGUUCUGAACACAUUUUAUCCAGACAUGAUUUGUUUGAUUGAGGUAAAAAUUGGGUUGUAUAGCGUAGAACUAUGAAGAUUUCUCAAUAUAAGUAUUAUGUAUCUAAUAAUAAUCUGUAGAAUAAAUUUCCUGUGUUGGCUAAUGCAAAAUGUUCUCUAGUUUAACACAUUGAAGGAUUUAUUAUUGAAGUCUCAAUAAUGCCACUCGCCAAGAAUACACAAGUCACUGUAUGUAGGUAUUGUAAAUAUGAAAACAUAUACUUUAAAAUAAAAUAUUUAAAUUUCA